AUGGUCCACCUCAGCGCCAUCAGCCGAUCCGGCUCGGCCACGCCCUCCAGCCAAGAGGCCGGCGGCCCCUCGCUCGCCGUGGAAGGAAAGCCUCUGCACAAGAGCCUCUCGCAGGUCAAGCUGUCCAGCUAUGCCGACGAGUUCACCACCAGCGUCUACGGCUCGCAAUUCGCCGGCCAGGACCUGCCCAAGCACUGCAUACCCAGCGGCGCCAUGCCCAAGGACGUUGCGUACCACAUGAUUAAGGACCACCUCAGCUUGGACAACAACCCCAAGCUCAACUUGGCUUCUUUCGUUACGACUUACAUGGAAGACGAAGCCGAAAAGCUCAUGACCGAGGCCUUCUCCAAAAACUUCAUCGACUACGAGGAAUACCCCCAGUCCGCCGACAUCCAGAACCGCUGCGUCAACAUGAUCGGCGAGCUCUUCCACGCCCCCGCCGGCGGCGACAGCAUCGGCACCUCGUGCAUCGGCUCCUCCGAGGCCAUCAUGCUCGGCGUCCUGGCCAUGAAGCGCCGCUGGAAGCUGCGCCGCCAGGCCGAGGGCAAGCCCACCGACCGGCCCAACAUCAUCAUGUCGUCCGCCGUCCAGGUCUGCUGGGAAAAGGCCGCGAGGUACUUUGAGGUCGAGGAGAAGUACGUGUUCUGCACGGCGGACCGGUACACGAUUGAUCCCCAGGAGGCCGUGGACUUGGUUGACGAGAACACGAUUGGUAUUGCUUGUAUUUUGGGAACUACUUACACAGGACACUACGAGGAUGUAAAGGGCAUUAAUGACCUGCUGGUUGAGAAGAAUCUGGAUGUGCCGAUUCACGUAGAUGCUGCCAGUGGCGGCUUUGUUGCGCCGUUUGUUCUGCCGGACCUGGAGUGGGAUUUCAGACUGCCCAAGGUUGUGUCCAUCAACGUCUCUGGCCACAAGUAUGGCCUCGUCUACCCCGGUGUUGGCUGGGUCGUCUGGCGCUCCCACGAGUACCUCCCCCAGGACCUCAUCUUCAACAUCAACUACCUCGGCGCCGAGCAAUCCUCCUUCACCCUCAACUUCUCCAAGGGCGCCUCCCAGGUCAUCGGCCAGUACUACCAGUUCAUCCGCCUCGGCAAGAAGGGUUACGAGUCCAUCAUGAGCAACCUCACCCGCACCGCCGACUACCUCACCGAAGUCCUCGAGCGCGACGGCUUCGUCAUCAUGUCGGAGCGCGCCGGCCAAGGCCUGCCCCUCGUGGCAUUCCGCUUCAAGACCCCCGACGAGGGCGGCAAGGAGCGUCAUUACGAUGAGUUCGCCCUCGCCCACCACCUGCGGUCCAGGGGCUGGGUCGUUCCCGCGUACACCAUGGCGCCGCACACGGAGCAGAUGAAGAUGCUGCGCGUGGUGGUGCGCGAGGACUUUUCCAAGAGCCGAUGUGAUUUGUUGAUCCACGAUAUUAAGCUGUGCCUGGGCAUGCUGGAGAACUCGGACGCCGAGACGAUCAAGCGACAGGAGGCGUUCAUCAGGGACCACAUUGCGUCGCAUGGCAAGAACAAGCAUCAGAGCAGGCACCACGCCUCGAAGCACUACUCGGGCGAGGGACACUCUUUGCAAGGAAAGACGGGGAAGACGCACGCCAUCUGCUAA